CUAACUUUCUUCUUCUCUCUCUCCAAUUAUUUGAAUAUUUCUUUCUCAAAUAUCAAAUCUUUAUUAUAAACAAACAGCAAGUCUGGUUUGUGUGUGAGCUAAAAAGCUUAGGCCAUAGUAACCAAACACUUAGAGAAAAAAAUGAUCCUUUUUGGACCUUCACAAGCUCAUUUCUUUAGUACUGCUAAUAACCCAAUGCUUGAUUUCUUGAGUGCAGAGUUUGUGUAGCUUUGGUGGGUUUUUCUAUAUGGAUAUUGGGGGUGUAGUGGUGGGUUUAGAGGGGUUUGUGGGUUCAGAGACUGUAGUUACUUCAUCCCUUGUUUCAGAUCCUGAGACAAAGGCUAAGUUGUACGGAUCUGGGUUCCUUAAGCAAGAGAGACCUGGUAAUAAUGAAGAUGUGUUGUUGUGGAGGAGCUCAAAACUGGCUAAAACCGAGGGGGUUUCAGCCUCCGAGGCAAUGCCGUUGUUGCUUCACGACAAGAAUAGUUUAUUGAGAUCUAAUGCUAAUGCUACUACCUCUGUCUUCUCUGAUGGGGUUUCAGCCUCUCAGGCAAUGCUGAGCUUUUCUUCUGCACCUAAAUCCCGAGCUCUUUCAGUGGAUAAAAGCUCCCAAAAUGUCACUUUCCCUUACUUCCACCUCACAUCACCUGCCUCUACUAGAAAUACAGGUUACAACAAUGGUGGAUUCAAUGGUGAAAACAUGCAUGGGGUAUUAUUAGGAGGAGACAGAGGACCAUUUACACCAUCUCAAUGGAUGGAACUUGAACACCAAGCUUUGAUCUACAAAUACAUAACUUCAAAUGUGCCUAUACCAUCUAAUCUUCUUAUUCCUAUAAGAAAAGCCCUUGGUUCUACUGAUUUCUCUAGCUUUUCUGGUGCUCCCCUAAAAACCAAUACAUUGGGAUGGGGAGCUUUUCGUCUUGGGUUCUCGAACAACACUGAUCCUGAACCCGGACGGUGUCGUAGAACGGAUGGAAAGAAAUGGCGGUGCUCGAGAGAUGCAGUUGCCGACCAGAAGUAUUGUGAGCGGCACAUGAAUAGGGGCCGCCAUCGUUCAAGAAAGCCUGUGGAAGGUCAAUCAGGCCAUUCAGCUGGAGCCACUAGCACCACUACCACCAAGGUGAUGUCUACUGUCUCAUCGGCUUUGGCAUCAGUGGUAGUGCCGAUCAGUGGCUGCAGCGAGUCCAACAGCCUUACUGUUGCUCAGCAGCAGUUUAAGAAUUUGCAGCCAGUGACAGCUCCUGUUAAUAGGUUGCUUGUGAACAAAGAAACUUCGGGUGAAAGAUUACAUGAAAGUACACUGGAUCUAAAAUCCAAAGAAAACUCUUUCUUGAUGCCAAUGCAGCAACUGAUCACGUAUGAAGAAAACUUGAGAAAUGAGUUCGGAGUUGUUUUUUCCGACUCACUCCUUAACCCUUCCCAUAAUGACUCUUCCUUGAUUAACUGCAGAACUUUUGGUUCAUCUCAAGACCUUAUUUGUCAAGCAACUGAAUCCCAACAUUCCCUUCGAGAGUUCAUAGAUGAUUGGCCUAAAAGCCAGUCCGAUCGUUCAACCAUUUCCUGGCCUGAAGUUGAUGUUAAAUCGGACAUGACUCAACUUUCCAUAUCAAUACCAAUGGCUGCCUCUGAUUUCAUGUCCUCAACUUCUUCUCCCAGCAAUGAAAAACUGUCUUCAUCACCUCUCAGAUUAUCUCGUGAAUUUGACACUAUGCACAUGGGACUAGGUGUAGGCAGUGUUAUUAAUGAACCAAACCAUAAGCAAGCAAAUUGGAUACCCAUCUCUUGGGAGAAUUCCAUGGGUGGCCCCCUUGGUGAGGUAUUGCACAGCACCAACUCAUCAGCACUUAACCUUAUUACAUGCGAUGAUUGGAACAAUAGUCAUGGGCAGCGGCUAGCCUCAUCUCCCACUGGAGUCUUAACAAAGACUACCUUCGGUUCUGUUUCUAACAGCAGUGCUGGAAGCAGUCCGAGACCAGAGAAUGACCUACUUGGUUCAACCCUUGUUCAUACUUCCUCUUUGCCUGCAUUGUAGAACCACUAUGGUCAAUUAGUGAUAAAAAAACUUUUAAGUUAUUAUAUUAGUCCCUUUAUAUUUUCUAUAAUUUGUACUUUAGAAUUGAGCUAACUAUAAGUACCUAGACAAAGGAAAUUUGUCUGAAAUUUUGGUUUUCAGCACAUGUGUUGGCUUGACUUUGUGUUUAGGAGAGUAAUGGCGGUUGGUUGGUAAGUAUGGCAGUGGAUUAAGUUGCUUGUAACGCUAUAGACAAGGUUACAAUUUCAAUAUAACACUGUAUUUCACUGUUUUGUACUACAAAA